AUGGGAGAUUCGCCCCAUGCCACUCGACAUCAUCGCAAACGCCGUUCUCCUAGGCACAAAUCAUGGUAUCAAGAGGGCGUGCCGAUUAGAAUUCACAUUGGCAACAGACGCUCGCCAGGCUAUCACAGUUCGAUCCAAGUCACCAGCGCAGAUGGCAGUAGAUUUGCUGCUCUGGUCCAGGAAACUCUACGAAUGAACCCACGAGACCCAUUGCUGAUUUCGUUCAAUGGCUACCAACCCUGGCUGGAACAAGUCAUUGCGACCUGUAUCGACGAUCGUUACGAUGAACUCACCGACCUCAACAGAGCAUUGCAAUUCGAUGAUACCGUCAAGUUCCCGGAAAGAAGCAACAAGCGGUCGACUCAGAUACCAUGGUCCUUCCUCGUGGAUCAAAUGAACGUACCGGAUGUAUACUGGUGGACUUUUGGCAAGGAACGUCCAGGAGGCCGACCGCAAGGCGCUGAUGAGAUCGACGAUUAUCGCUUUCGAAUUGCUGCCUGGUGUUGCGGACGUGGCGCCUGUCGCUUCGAUCGAGAGGUCCCUGUUACUCUUGUCUUCACACAAUCCAAGCUUCUCGCAGAGAACGUCGUGCAUGACCUCUUCUUUCCGUACUUUUAUGAAGACGAGGAAUACGACAUGCCACGCAGGGACGAGGAAUCUGUCUGCUGGACCUUUCUGCGGCUGUACUGGCUUCUCAGUGAUUGGCAGAAUAUCAUCAGAGAGAUCGAGAGAGAGCUUGAGGAAGCUGAGCUCAACAGUCGUGGUCGAAAGUAUCCUGUUAAAGUUCGUACACGACUGGCACACAAGCAGAUUGACAGAAUCUUCGAAUUGUCCGAAUACAUGCGCUUCCAUACGAGAUCUUUCAAGAAGUUGCUCAAGCUGAAGGAUACGAUGCACAAAUCUGCAGACGAUGCCAUUGAUCCAGUAUGGGAUGAGAUAGGCGAUGCUGUCGAAGACCUGGACCAAUACUCUUACUACAUGGACACUCUCAAGGAACGCUUCCUCAACCUGAUUGAGCUCGUCAGUAGGCUUCAUGUUGAUACUCAAGAACAAAGGCUUACAUGA